UUGGACGUUUUUAACCGACACUUUUUUCCAGUGGUUUAACCUUUUAAAGUUUAAUCACACACUCCGCACCAUUGUUAACCCAGCAGUUCCAUCCCCAAUUUGCCAAAUCUGCUCCAUAAAUCAACUUUGAUGGAGGAUGCCUAUGCUAGAUCUGCUACUGAGGUUUUGGAUUUUUUUGCGGUAGACCCAUCAAAAGGUCUUAGUGAUUCCCAGGUAGCUGAUCAUGGAAGGAUCUAUGGUAGAAAUGUACUUCCACCAGAGAAAAGUACUCCUUUUUGGAAGUUGGUCAUAAAGCAAUUUGAUGAUUUGCUUGUGAAGAUAUUGAUCGUGGCUGCCAUUGUUUCGUUUGUUUUGGCCCUGAUUAAUGGAGAAACAGGACUGUCUGCGUUUUUGGAACCUUCGGUUAUUCUCAUGAUAUUGGCUGCAAAUGCUGCAGUGGGUGUCAUUACAGAAACCAACGCUGAAAAAGCUAUAGAGGAGUUGAGAGCUUACCAAGCAGAUGUUGCAACUGUCUUAAGAAAUGGUUGUUUAUCCAUAGUCCCAGCCACAGAUCUUGUUCCAGGAGAUAUUGUGGAAGUAAGUGUGGGCUGUAAAGUUCCAGCAGACAUGCGGACGAUUGAACUGUUAAGUGACCACUUACGAGUUGAUCAAGCAAUUCUUACAGGUGAGAGUUGCUCAGUGGAGAAGGAAGUUGAUUCCACUUCGGCUAUUAAUGCUGUGUAUCAAGACAAAACAAACACUCUCUUUUCGGGUACUGUUGUAGUGGCUGGUCGCGGAAGAGCAAUUGUUACUGGUGUUGGUUCUAAUACUGCUAUGGGCAGCAUUCACGAUUCAAUGUUGAGAACAGAUGAUGAAGCGACACCAUUGAAAAAGAAACUAGAUGAAUUUGGUACAUUCUUGGCUAAGGUUAUAGCAGGUAUCUGUGUGUUGGUGUGGGUUGUUAAUAUUGGUCAUUUUCGUGAUCCGUCUCAUGGAGGCUUUUUGCGAGGUGCUAUCCAUUAUUUCAAGAUUGCAGUGGCUCUGGCUGUGGCAGCUAUUCCAGAAGGGCUUCCAGCUGUUGUGACAACGUGUCUAGCUCUUGGUACGAAAAGAAUGGCCAGGUUAAAUGCAAUUGUGAGGUCUUUACCUUCUGUUGAGACACUUGGCUGCACUACUGUGAUUUGCAGUGACAAAACUGGUACCCUGACAACAAAUAUGAUGUCUGCCUCAAAGAUUUGUGUGCUCCAGUCUGCGCAUAAUAAUCCGAUCACAUCAGAAUAUGGAGUCAGUGGGACAACAUAUGCCCCAGAAGGAGCUAUUUUUUACAGUGGUGGACAUCGACUGGACCUUCCUUCACAACAGCCUUGUCUUGUUCACAUAGCCAUGUGUUCAGCAUUGUGCAAUGAGUCUUCACUCCAGUACAAUCCCGACAAAGGGGCCUAUGAAAAGAUUGGAGAAUCAACGGAAGUGGCACUUCGUGUAUUGGCUGAAAAGAUUGGAAUUCCUGGCUUCGAUUCCAUGCCAUCUGCUUUGAAUAUGCUAAGCAAGCACGAUCGUGCUUCCUAUUGUAAUCGGUACUGGGAAAAUCAAUUCAAAAAGGUCUCUGCUCUUCAGUUUUCUCGUGAUCGCAAAAUGAUGAGUGUGCUUUGCAGCCGAAAACAGUCUAAAAUAAUAUUUUCCAAAGGUGCUCCAGAGAGUAUAAUAUCAAGGUGCACAAGUAUUCUAUGCAACGAUGAUGGCUCCAUUAUUCCUUUAAGUGUUGAAAUUCGAACCGAGUUGGAGGCAAAAUUUAACAGUUUUGCAGGAAAAGAAACUUUGAGAUGCCUUGCCCUGGCCCUUAAACGUGUGCCUCUGGAUCAACAUGUUUUGUCAUUCGAUGAUGAGAAAGACCUCACAUUUAUUGGGUUGGUCGGCAUGCUUGAUCCACCAAGAGAAGAAGUGCGGAACGCUAUACUAUCAUGUAUGACUGCAGGAAUACGUGUUAUAGUUGUAACAGGAGACAACAAGGCAACUGCAGAAUCACUGUGCCGCAAGAUAGGAGCCUUUGAUAAUGUUGAAGACUUUAGUGGAUACUCCUUUACAGCAUCUGAAUUCGAUGAACUUCCAGCUUUGCAGAAGGCAAUAGCAUUGCAACGUAUGGCUCUCUUUACGAGGGUCGAACCAUCUCACAAGAGAAUGCUGGUUGAGGCCUUGCAGAACCAGAAUGAAGUGGUCGCAAUGACUGGUGAUGGAGUCAAUGAUGCACCUGCGUUAAAGAAAGCAGACAUAGGGAUUGCUAUGGGAUCUGGAACUGCAGUUGCUAAGAGUGCUUCAGAUAUGGUUUUGGCUGAUGACAACUUUGCAACUAUCGUUGCAGCAGUUGCAGAAGGCAGGGCUAUAUAUAACAAUACCAAGCAGUUUAUCAGAUACAUGAUCUCUUCAAAUAUUGGUGAAGUAGUUUGUAUAUUUGUUGCUGCAGUACUUGGCAUCCCCGACACCCUUGUGCCUGUUCAACUACUAUGGGUUAAUUUAGUUACUGAUGGUUUGCCCGCAACUGCUAUUGGCUUCAACAAACAAGACUCAGAUGUUAUGAAGUCCAAACCACGCAAGGUUGGAGAAGCAGUUGUUACUGGCUGGUUAUUUUUUCGUUAUGUUGUCAUCGGAGCUUAUGUCGGCCUUGCCACUGUUGCCGGAUUCAUAUGGUGGUUUUUGUAUGCGGAUACUGGACCUAGGCUUUCAUACAGUGAAUUGAUGAACUUUGACACCUGUCAUAUGAGGCAGACGAGUUACCCAUGUAGCAUAUUUGAUGACCGGCAUCCAUCUACUGUUUCAAUGACAGUACUUGUUGUGGUAGAGAUGUUCAAUGCAUUAAAUAACCUCAGUGAAAAUCAAUCUCUUGCCACCAUACCUCCUUGGAGUAACUUAUGGCUGGUUGCUUCGAUCAUUUUGACCAUGAUUCUUCACAUACUUAUCUUGUAUAUUCCGCCACUUUCGGUUCUCUUCUCGGUGACGCCGCUGUCUUGGACUGAAUGGAAAGUUGUUCUAUAUCUAUCAUUUCCGGUAAUCAUGAUUGAUGAGCUGCUCAAAUUCUUUUCCAGGAAUUCAAGAGGUAUGAGGUUGAAGUUAAGGUUCUGGAAAACCGAUUUACUCCCCAAAAAAGAAGUACGUGACAAGUGAUAGACAUUGGUGCACCCAAACUUAACUUUAUUAGACGUUUUUGACGGUACUUGUGAGGCACCCUGGGUAGAUUACACAGUAUACAUUCUACAAAUUCGGCCCGCAUGCUUGCAUCAACUAUCAAAUGUAGCGGAUGAACGACUUCGUCUCUAAGACGCCAAUUAGUUUACAGUAGACUUUACUUUCGUGUAUACACAUGCAUUACAGGAUUUUGGCUUUGAAACUUGUAUCUUGUUAUAGUACCAAAACUUUUGCAGCAUAGGUACUCAAACUUGUGCAGAAAAGUUCUGGAUUUUUGUACUAAAUUUAUCUAUUAGAGAAAAACAUAAUGCACAGAAUUCAGAAAAA